AAGCGCCCCAAGGCCUCAAUCCAAUCUCAAUCAAAAUCAACAAGUGGAUCGCCUCCCCCCCGACCGACCGGCCUAGGAAAUCUUGCUCGGUCUAGCGAACAAUGCAAUCUCGCUUUCCUCCUUGACAUUCCCCCCGAAUCCUUGCACGCAUCCAAUCACCCGCCCUUGUCCUUUGCGCGCUUUUCCUCUCUCUCCCUCCUUUUUCUUCUUCCUUUUUUUUUUUUUUUCGGUGCGCCUUCUUUGCGUUUGGGCGGCUGCGCUAUUGCCUAUGACGUACGUCCUGUCUGUCUGUCAUUCAUUCAUAUGUGUGGGUGGGUACUGGGUAGUGUGUGUGUGUGUGUGCAUCGCUCGUGCUCCGUGCUCUUGUGAAUCUAGAAGCCCGCAUAUGGCUCUGGCGAGUCCAAGUCGAGCAUGUGCACGCCGCGGACCCGCCUGGCAAGUGGAUAAUAGUAAUGUGAUCGAUGGGAUCGGUGGGAUGGAUGUCGAUAGAAUGACUCUUAAUCCAAGGAAACCAAAGCAAAGUCCCGACAUUGUUGUGUGCAUCGCAUGA